GGCUUUCAAAGAAUCAAAUCAAUGUCAAAGGUUAUUCUUUAUUUAAAUAGUAUAAGUGAUUAUGAUUGCUUCAAAAUUAUCUUAAUUUGUGACUCACGGUGCAAGAAAUGUUUCCAUUUAAGAUAAAUUUAAUUAGCCGCCUUCAAGAAGUAAUAUUAUAACCAUCCCCUAGUCUGUUAGUAGUCAGUUUUUGCUGCUGAUGGUGAAUUCGGAUUGAUCACUAAUAUACAAUUUAAUACCUUUCUAAAUUGUGUUCUUGUUUCUUUUUCACUUUUCUCUUUCAAUCAAUUCUUUUGUUUAACCCUGUAGGUGUUUAUAUAAAUCAAUUUAAAGAAAUGGCUUUAAAACGUAUAAAGAAAGAAUUGGAAGACUUGAAAAGAGAUCCUCCAGCCCAAUGUAGUGCUGGACCUGUUGGUGAUGAUUUGUUUCAUUGGCAAGCAACUAUAAUGGGUCCUCCUGAUAGUCCUUAUCAAGGCGGUGUUUUCUUCCUAACUAUUCAUUUCCCUACGGAUUAUCCUUUUAAACCACCCAAAGUAGCUUUCACAACGCGAAUUUAUCAUCCUAAUAUAAACAGUAAUGGGUCUAUUUGUCUGGAUAUACUGAGGUCACAAUGGUCUCCUGCUUUAACUAUAUCUAAAGUACUGCUAUCAAUAUGCUCCUUAUUAUGUGACCCUAACCCGGAUGAUCCGCUUGUACCAGAGAUCGCCAAGCUUUAUAAGACAGACAGGGAGAAGUAUAAUGAGAUGGGACGAGAAUGGACAAGAAAAUAUGCCAUGUGAUGUUGAUUAGGAUAAACGAACGCCACUGAUCAGUCUUAAAUUUCCCUUCUCUCUUUUCCUUCUAUCUCUCUUUCACUCUCUUUCUCUCUCUCUUUACUAUCUCUCUCUCUCUCUCUCUUUCUCUGUCUCUUUCUCUUCCUUUAUCUUUCUCUUCUCACUGUCUUCUUGCUUACUCUGUUUCUUGUUCUGUUUCUUUUUCCUGCCUCUAUUUCUGUAUUUAUCACUAAAAUUGAAAAUUCAAUUCAAAAAUAAAGACAGUAAACAUAA